AUGCGUAUCGUUCGUUCUGUUCUCGUCAUAGCUGGUCUGAUUGGGUUGGGUUCUGCUUGGAACGCGACCUUCCUACCUUUAGGAGACAGUAUAACAUAUGGGUGGCUAUCGACAGAUGGAAACGGCUAUCGAGAAGAUCUCUUGGAGCUAAUUACUGCUGGGGGUAAUUCGGUAGACUACAUUGGAUCCAUUCAAGCAGGGACCAUGGCCGAUAACUGGAACGAUGGGUACAUUGGCUGCACCAUUGACCAAAUAGCGUCUAGCGGAGUUCCAGCGCUCGAAAUGGUUCCAGAGGUCGUUCUUCUCAUUGCCGGCACCAAUGACAUCAACUACCAGGAAGAUUUAGCCAACGCUCCUACACGCUUAAUGAACCUCGUCGACGAGAUCUUUUCCUACAGCCCAGAUGCCGCCGUUAUCGUGUCCGACAUUCCAUUGAUUGUUGAUGAUACACUUGAGCCUUUGGUAGAGACAUACAACAGCGGCGUCCAAGUGCUGUUGCAACAGAGAAUUGCAGAAGGACAGCAUAUUGCCCAUGUAUCUCUUUCAAAUUUGACAUCUUCUGAGAUGGCUGAUGAUUUACAUCCGAACGAUGAAGGUUACCAAGUGCUUGCUGAUGCAUUGUAUGUGGGUAUACAGGCAGCUAGUGAAGCAGGUUGGAUUGCCUGA